AUGCAGCUGCCAGGUUUGAACGUCGCAAGUGGCAGUGCUGCCCGGGUUUGCGGCUCCACGCACGCGGCACAGGGCUUCUUCGCGCGCCUCCUAGGAUUCCAACUUCCAACAUUGGCGGGCAUUUGCAUAGUUGAUAGCAGCCAGUUGGCCACCCACCCUGCCGCCGGCGUAUAUGCGCUGUGGCCUAGCAAAAGCGACGCAUCCGAGGCCAUCAACGGUUUGGCCCAACGGGAACGAACCAACAGCGGCGGGGUCGCGCCCGAUUCGGGCUUCCCGCUCCUUCGACCUCCGCGUCCGAAAACAAACAUCUACGGGCAUUGGCUCGAUGCCCGCCGGCUCAACACGUCGAGGUGGCAGCCGGCCCCACCCACGACGGCAACCUCGCGUGAGCUGUAG